AUGGCGGCGGAGUGUUUGACAACAUGGACCACAAUAACAGAGCCAUGGUUACGGGACAAAUUACAAUUAAACCAUCCAUGUCUGGGUGAUGUCCGCUCACUGAGUCUUCCCGGCACGUGCGAGGAGAAGAUCAGACAUCUGGGAAACGCACUGAAUAACUUUGUUCGUCUGAAGUCUCUGGAUCUGUCUUGCAAUGUGCUCUUUUCUGUUGAGGGGGUGCAACACUUGAAAAUGCUGGAGAGGCUAAUCCUAUAUUAUAACUGCAUACCGUCCCUAGAAGAGGUAAAAGUGCUGUUUGAGCUGCCGGCUUUGAAAGAGCUAGACCUCAGACUCAAUCCGUUGGCCAAAAGUCACCCACAUUACCGCCCUUAUGUGGUGCAUGCCAUGCCCAAUCUACGCAAACUAGACAGCUGUUCAGUUAGAGACACUGAGCGCAAAGCUGCCAUAAUGCAGUUCUCAUGUGACCUUCCACCUCAACAGAAGAGCUCCUCUCUGAAUCAGGCAGCUGACCGAAGAGGCAGUGAUCAGCUAUUGGCUUUAGUAAGCCGUUCAACCAGGAGGCUUUCUCUCCGGACAGACACUGACGAUAUUGUGUUGAACUCUGUUGCUAUGGAUCAUGGAGGCAAAAGUAAAACUGACUUAGUUCACAAGAAAGCAGAGUCACCUUUAACUCACCUACAGAGAGAAACCAAAGAGGAAGAAUCAAAAGAUUUUACAAAACAGCGGAGCUCCACUCCAAAACAGGAAAAUGCGAAAUCCAUCCUCAGGUAUCCUGCUUCAAAAUAUGAUAACACUGAGUCCAAAGUGUCAUAUGUUGAAGAAAUGUCUCAUAAAACAAGAUCUACCUCAUCAAAAGUGACUGAAAGACCAAAGGUGUCAUUUGGCCCUUAUGUGGAGAAACACAGAGCUGUGCCUGGAAAACAAAAGCAAAAGGACUUCCCCCAACAACCCAGGCAUGAAGCCAAAGGUCAUUUUACACCUAAUCCUGGUCACUGUCAUAGUUCUUCAUUUAUUAAUAUCCGGCCACCCAGUCCAUGUCGUCCUGGUUUGAAUCUAUCUGACCCCUCCAACCCCAUUUUACAUCCUCCAAGACUGACCUACUCUAGCUUCAACAAGACAGAAGGGGGAUCCAGCCUGCCGCAGCAUAACGAAAAGAAAAAAAGGGGUGGUUAUAGGAAACCCCUUGAGAUGCUGCUCAACCUCGUCGACAAACACUGGACUGGAGAGAGAUCGCUGCAUCAUAACAACAACUUCCUGUCACAGGCAGUUCAGAUCCUUUCUAUGAUGGAAACCGAUAUUUCCAUUCGGGAGGCUGAGGUCAAGACCUUAAGACGGGAAGCUGGUGCACUGAACUUUCGAGCGGCUGCACAAGAGGAAGAGCACAAAACUGAAGUCCGUAAUCUCUCCACUCAGCUGGAUGAAGCCCGCAGUGCAGUCGGUAAACUCAACGAGCAGCUGAGGAUCAUCUUGGGGGAGAAUGUUGCUCUGCAAAAGCAGCUCAUCAAGUUAGAACGACACUACCUCAAGUCUAUGAUGAAAAGUUCCCCUAUUACUCAGAUAAAGGAGGCUCAGACAGAAGUGGAGGAACUAAGGAAAGAGAUCGAGGGGCUGAAGGAGAAAGUACAAGAGGCUGAUAAAGUCAGGGAUUUGUCAAGUAUGCUGCAAGAGAGCCACAGGUCCCUGGUGGCUACCAAUGAGUGUUUGCUAGCUGAACUGAAGGGAAGUGGGGAACACUGAAGAUUGAGGAAAUUCACAACACAGUGGUUACAUCAAAGCAAGACUGAGCCGGGCAUCAUUUAAAUAGUGCAGACACUGUACGAGCUCCAGCAGCUGUUUUCAAUUAAUUUGUACUUGAUUUAUAUUGGUGCAGUGUACAUUUAAUUUUUGUAUAUAUUAAGUUCCCAGCCCUUUUGAUAAACGUAGUGUUCAUUAUUUCCAAAAUAUAAUAUGCAUAGGCCGUGUUUACUUGAUGUAAACAGUGCUGGGGGAGAGGCAAUUCAUUCAAAAAAGUUUGUAUAUAAGUGUGUGACAGGGCUGUUAUGUUAACAAAUGAUUUUGGGGGGAAAAUGUUGGUGAGAUCAUAAUGUAUUUCC